CCUAUCUGAGUUUUGACUGGUCAGCCGGAAUGCCGGCGAUGAUUCCUCACGAAGCCUUCGAGGCGGUCCAGAGACAGACGUAACACCAUGGGCGUAGACGUUGCGAUGCCGCCCGGGCUCGGGUGUACCCCGCCACGUAGCCCUGAGCUGGAGCUGCACAUCGUGGGGGUCGCAGACACUCGCAAACCGGCACGGCCCGGUCACAGUUACACACCAGAGGACGGCGGCAGAGCCUCCGAACGAGAUCUACAUGAACAGCAGGCGGGGGUUGCGGGCUUGGGAAUGGACGCCACAGCAGCUGCAACGGGCGGUAGCGGCGGCGGCGGCGUGACUGCUGCAACCCUACCACUGGACGCCCCUGCUGCGAACCCACACCUCACCGUCCGCCUCGUCAACAUUCCCAAUCAAGCGAAGCAGGAGCUGGAGGCGCUUCUGUUUGACUGGGCCAAGCGUCAGGCCAAGCACUACGAGAACGCGGCACCCGGGCAGCCAGGCUGGGUGUGGUGGUCGGGAGAAUUGGGUAUGACGCUUGGGCCGUCCCCAACCCAGCAAUGCCGCAGCGAUGCCGCAAACAGCAGCAGCGGCGGCGGCGGUAACGGUGACGGAGCGGGCAUGUCGAGCUGGGAGGACAAGUUGCGCUGCCACGCCCAGCCUGCAGCGGCAGCGACGGCGCGGACAGCGGGGCAUAAACGCCGGAGAGUUAUCACUCCGGCAUUGGAUCAGUCGGACACGGACGCGGCGGCUGGCGGGAGUGGCAUCGACGCGGGCGGCUGCAACAGGCUAGCAACAGCGGCGGCGGCGGCGGCGGCCGCCGCUGCACAACCCUCAGGCCGGCCGCCACCGACAGUUCCUGCGGCGCCGAGCCCGGCGCCCGCUGCAGCUGCAGGUGCGCAGCAGCCCAACCACACGGAGAGGCUGCUGCAACGGGCUCGCGCCAUGGCCGAGGCCGCCAACUUCAAUACCGCCUUCGAGCGGGCCAACAACACGCCCGCAUACGACAGGCUUCGCGUCAUGCCGCUCAAGCUGGGUGUGGGCCUGGCCGCGUCUUCAGUGCCGGUGGACACCGCCCCCGCGCCACUGACCGCCGUCUUGCCGGCCGCCAGUGACGCGGACGGCGGCGCCAGUCUCCAGGCAGUACGGGCGGGCGGGUCCAGAGCUCCAGACCCCGCCAGUCGCGGGGGGGCUUCCGCGAGGGCGCCGGGCGGCGCAGCGCCCGCGGCCGCGCCUGGGAUUCCUCUGGCGGGCGGGCAGCAGAUGUCCUGGCGCCGUGACAGCGGCACGCGUGGGGAAGGGGCUGUACAAACGGCUGGAGAGGCGGCGGCGGAGGAUGCGGCUGCCGCGGAGGCGGCUGGGGAGCUUCCAAAGGAGCUGCUGGCCAAGGUGAUGGGUCCGGUGCGCCCAGUGCUUCUGUCGCCAAGCGGUGUGCCUUUGGCGCCGCGGCCAGAGGCAGGAGGCGCCUUUUGCGGUGGCGGGGCGGCGGGCGGCGGGGGCGGCGGGCGGCCGCAGAAGCGGCAGCGCUCGAACGGUGCCCACGCGACAAACGGCGGUGGUGGUGAUGGCGGCUUGCAGGCGCUCAAACCGCAGUAUAACUUCCUGCUGAGCAGGUGUUGGAACUGUGGGUCCUACGGCCACGACAUUCAAACCUGCUUCCGGCCGCGCAACCAGGCGGCCGUGGACCUCAACCGCCGCGCUGCCGCCGAGACGCGCGCGGCGCAGGAGGAGGCGCGGGAGGCGGCGCGGGUGGCGCGGGCAGCCACGAGGCAGCAGAGGCAGGGCGGCGGCGGGGGCGCCCGGGAGCGCGGCUCCGCACACAACAGGUACUUUACGGCAGAGCUGCUGCCAGAGGAGGACGCCGCGCAGCCGCCCAGCACCACGUUGGCCCCUGACACCGCCGGCACCGGCACUGGCAUUGGAACAGGCACCGACGCCGACGCUGGCGGCCCCACAGCCCCGGGUUGGAGCGACAGACCGCUCAAGACGGCGCCGCCCGGCGUCCGGCCGGGCGUGCUCUCCAAGGCGCUAGCGGCGGCGCUGGGCCUUGCGUCGCCGCUGGACCCGCCGCCCUGGCUCACAGCCAUGGCUUUGUACGGCCUCCCCCCUAGCUACUGCGAUUCGGUGCGGGUGGCGGCGGCUGUAGCAGCGGCGGAGCGCGCCGCCGGGCGCGGCGGCGGCGCCGCGGGCAUCCGUGUGUACGGCGCGGACGGGGAGGCACUGCCCAUGCCAGGGGAUCAGGCGGAGGAGGAUGAGGAUGUGGAGGAGCAGGAGGAGGAGGUUGCGGAGGCGGAGGCGCCGUCGGGCGCGGCGGCACGGGAGCAGGGGGAGCAGGUGCGUGAGGCGGCGCGAUUGUCCGCGGCCGCCACUGUGGCUGUGACCGCAGCAGCGGCGGCAGCAGUGGCUGUGGCGGAGGCGGCCAUGGCAGGCGACGUUGCAGAACCGCAGGCGGCUGCGGACGAGGUGGGGCAAGCUCACGGCGGCGCCGUGAUGGACGUGGCUUCGGAGCCGGCUGGGGGCAGCGACGGGUCAGUGGGUGCGGGGCCGAGCGGUGAGAUGUCGCGCGGCGAGAGGUGCAGCUUGCGGGCUGCGCUGGAGGCACUGGUCUGUACGGGCGCCCUGGCGGCUCUGGGCGAUGCGCUGCUGGGCACCCACACGGCCAGUGCCGCGGACGCCGGCGCCACUAGCAAUGGCAACGGCGUGUCAGGCGGCGGCGCAGCUUCCAUGCAGCAGAUGCAGGAGCACGGGAGCUCAGACGGGGCUACGGGGCCUGCGCGGGCAGAAGGAGCGACUUGCGACAACCCCCGGGACCAUGACGCAGCAGAGGCGGGAGCACCACCAUUGCCGUCACCAUCACAGGCAGGACAGCCAGCCGAGCAGCCAGCAGUCGGGCAAGGAGCAUCCAACGAAGCCGAGCCAGACCGCGAAGACCUGGCGGCGCCGCCGUCGCCUGGCCCGCCGCCGCCGCCCUUAGAACCCGUCGACAUGCUGCUGCCGUCAGAGCCGCGCCUGGUGCUGUUCCCAGGUCUCAACGCGCCGCCGCCAGGGGCCGUCCGGAUGCGCGUCAAGGCGGCGUGGGCUCGCGCCCUCGCAAACGCCCAGCGGGUCCAGGCGGCAGUCGCGGCGGCCGUUGGCCCACUGGUGCCGAGGCGCCCGAUUGCCGGCGAGCAGGACGCCGCGGAGCACCCGAUGGAGGAGGGGUGGAGAGGUCGGGACGCAGGCGGCAGGGAGGCGGCUGAAGGGGCGGGAGCGGAAGGCGAGUCAAGGGCUGCUAAGCGGGGCCGCUGGGGCCCGCCCGGCCCUGCAGCUGCUGCAAGGGCGGGCGUCAGUCGGGAUGGCGGCGGCGUCGGCAGCGCCGGUGGCAGCAGCAGCGGGCAACAGCCUGGCAGCCACGCAGCAUCGGAUCCGGGUGCGCCUCACGGAGAUGCUGGCGCACAAGGCCCCGCACCUCACCAGCACGCGCACGGUGUCCUGCAUCACAGCCUGCAGCACCAGCACUCGCAGGAUUGGCGGCACAGCCAGGGUAAGCCGCCGCAGCAGCAGCAGCAGCAGCAGCAGAGCAACCAUUCCCACCAGCAAGAACAGCAACAGCGGGGCCACAGCCAAGGACCGCAGUACAGUGCCGGGCAUGUGCCGCUGCAAGUCCAGGGGCCAGCGCACGGGCCGCCACCGCCGCAGGAGCAGCAGCCCCAGGAUGUGUCGCGGCAGGGCGGAAUGCAGGGUGGGUCCAUGGGUCUGGGCAAUGGCGGCCUCGUGAACCAGCAGUCUCCGCAGCAGCAACAGCAACAGCAGCAGCAUCUUACGCCGCAGCAGCAGGCAUCCUUCGCUCUACAGCAGCAGCAGUUCGACGCGAUGCUGCAGCAGCAACGGCAGCAGCAGAUGCAGUUGCAGCAGCAACAGCAGCACAUGCUGCAACAGCAAAUGCAACACCAGCAACAGCAGUAUCUGUUCCAGCAAAUGGUCAUGCAGCAGCAGCAAGGUAUGGCAGGGCAGCCGUAUUUCGGCGGUGGCGUCGGCGCACUGUUCAUGCAGCAGGAACAAGGGCCUGGCAUGUUCGUGUUUCGUGGUAUGCGGUAACCAUUCGCGGCCCCGAUCGGUUGUAGGCAGGGGUGCGUAAAUGCGUAAUGGGCGGCUGAUAUGGGUGUGCUUUGGCCCAGGCGCUGUGCAUGCAAGUAUACCGCAAAAGAGACGGUCUGUGCAGGGCUGCCGGCCUGCCUGGAAGAUCUGGUUUGCAGCCCCAAAGCCCCGGACCCUGCCGAAGCAUGGCAUGUAACAGGAAGGAGUGCGAGUUCAUGUUGGGCCAAUGCUGUCAGCUGUGCCCCUGUGACAGUCUGUCAGCAGCUAGCUUGCUGCCUUGAUGAGGGCUGGUGAAGCUGAAUCUCAUGCACACCCAAAACAGCUGCAGAAGGAGAGGAGACAAAGCA